UAAAUUUGCCAGUGUUAAAAAUGCAGUGUCAAAGUAUUUUAAUUCUUACGGAGUUCUUCCAACAAUGGACAGAGUAAAAUUGAACCAGAAAACUUCCAGUGUUGGUGAAAAUAAUCGGAGUUAACAGAGGUUUUACUCUGUCAGUGUCAUUGACUCUCUCAGAGUUAAUUCAACACCUAUUAGAACAAGAUUCAGUGUCAAUACUCUGAAAAGCCCCGCCCAUCAACUUGACCGGUCAAACUGAGAAUUUGGACUCUGGCAUCGACAUCUUCCUCGCAUCAAAAUACUGUGACUGUUCUGUAAUGUACUGUGGUGCUCUGGUGAUACCAUCAUGUUGAUCAAAACCAGAAUCUACAGUAGUCAGAAAUAUGUCAAGAUAAAAGAGCCAAGCCUUGAGGAAUUCUUAAAUUCUGGUAAGUCGUACCCAGAAUGGCACUGUCAGUUACACACCUUUGGUAAAACUAAGCGUGUUGGUGUGUUCAUAUUUUUUUUUUUUAUUGAAAAUAAUUGUUGCUAAAUAAUUGCUUUUGGCAAGCUACCCUAUUGGAAUGUUAAGGGGUUAGCAAUUAAGAUCUGAGUUUUGUGGUUGGUUUAGGUGGUAAGUUGUUCAGUUGUACACCACUGAAAGAUUCAAUGCCUCGCAGCAUCAGGGCAUGUUGGCUCCUCAGACCAUGCUACAAAUGCAUUGAUGUGUUUUUGGAGAAUGGCCUUGGCUAAUCAUGAGCAUUUUGUAGUGAUUGAAAUCUUGUUUUGUUUUUUUGGUCAUAGCUUUCUUGAAGUUCUCAGUUCCGCCAGUCAAUGGUGUCAAGGUUUUUGAUGAAACAGGAACUGAGGUGGAUGCAGAGGUCUUCUCUGACAUAGCGCAGCAGACCAAUACUGGCAUACUAACCAUCAAGUUUGAUGACGGUAUAGUUGCUCACUAUAAUUCAUGGAAUGGAAUGAUGAACUCAACUUUUUUUAUUGUUACAGAAUAAAACAAAUUUGUAUUAUUCUGUCCUGUCUCUUUCUCCUGAACUACAAAUUUGAAGGAAACUUUGUCCAGCAGUUCCCAAGAAGCAAAUUCCAGUGUACUGUCUACUGGUAGCAGUGAUGACACAGUCAUCCUCGAAAUCGUGUCCUGCAACUCAGAUGACACAAUCAUACUGGAGGAGAGUGACAGUCCACCCAGAAAGCGACAGAGGGCAAAUGAAGAGGCCAAACGUGUGGUUGAAUUGGCGCUAACAAGGAGACCUGGGGGCGACCGUAUCAUCAAAGAGUACAACCGCACUAAAAGUCUGACCGACUCCUCACGCCGACAAAUGGUCAACAUACUUGUGGCUGAUAUGACAGAAGCACAUGGGACGGCCCCGCCACGGAAUGUGAGAGAGAUGUACGCUCGAGGCAUAGUUCAGCUCUUCCCGUACUUGAUGGAUCCCUACUCUAAAAAUGGAUAUGAACAUUUCUAUGAUGGUGAAAGUGGCAGUGGCUAUCUGGCAUGGCGGCUCAAAACUAUACAGAGGAGAAGUGCUUCAUCAGAAAGCAGAGGAUCAUCACGUCAGCUGACUGGAGGACCAGCAGCCAGAAGAGAGGCUUCCUUUAGUCCUGAGAUGACCUUAAGUGAAGAGCAAUGCAAGGAGGCCAUGGCCUUAAUGAGAUACUGUACUGACGAGGCUACUAUCAAGCAGAAGAUGAAAAUGACAUUUCAACAUCGUCGCAGUAUGGUCCUCGAUGGAGAGAAAUCCUCAGAUGUCUUGACUGAAUUUCCCCGCUUCAAAGAUGUCAAAGGCCUGAUUGAGCAAGAUUUCAUCCUGCAGUUUGGAGAAGAUGUAGCUGCAAGAUUUAUGGAAAGGUGGCCAACAAUAUUCAAGCAAAAAGUCAUUCAGCAGUGUAAGGCUCUCCCUUCUACAAGUGACCUUGAAGAGCUUAUCCAUUGUGCUGAAGCUACACUGGAUGAAGAGGAAAUUGAUGACACUCUUGCCCUUGGCUGGGACAGUGAUCUUUCAUCCAUUAUCCUCCUCCUCCACCUGAUACCUCCUUCAGCCCAAGGCCGGAAAAGACCAGGCAAGGUGUCAGCAGCCCAAGCUGAGAAACAUCUUGUCGUGUUCAAGAAGAGUGGAACGAGUAUUCAAGAACAUGUUGAUGCAAUCAAAUGCACCACUCAACCGUAUCUUCUUGCUGUUGGGAUGAAGAGGAGCACCAUCCAUGAGUUCUUCAUCAUUCUGGACAAGCAGGUCAUACCGUGCAAGUCAUCCAGUACCCUCGGAGCUUUUGACGAACUCUUUAAAGCACACUUUGUAUUUGGUACCAUGUACAACCAGAUGCUCCACAACAUGUACACCUUCAUUCAGACAACCAUUUACAACAUAGAUAUUGGUCAAGUCCAGGAGAGCCCACGUGUUGCUGAGGUUAGGGCCAGGCUGCUGCACUAGUUAAUAGAUGACUCAGGGUCAGCAACAUAUUUGUCACUUUUCACUAAAAGCUAUUGUAUCUGUAUUUUGAGUGAUUUUCCCAUGUCACUCAGCCUUAAUUGAUAUCAUGGGCCUGAUUUGUUUUGUUUGCCACUGUCAUUUUGUGGGAACCAAUGCCCUUGUGAGGCAUUUGCGGUUGAUUCAUGGUUUAUAUCCAGGUAAAUCACUUCGCCUAAAAUGUGCUCAGGGAGGAUGUUGUCGUGUUCUUAGUACCUUUUUUACCUAAGGUACCUUAGUACCUUAGAUUUUGGUUUGACUUGGUUGAUUGUUUCCAAGUGAUGGCAAAGUUUGCUCUUGGUUUAACACUGCUGAAAUUAUUCAAUGUGUAGUGUUAUAAAUGCACUUUAAAGACAUUUUCAUGGCUGUGAGAAAUGUCAAUACAGUAUUAUGCAGUUUAACAUGUACCAAGAGAUUUUCUCCAGCGUUCAACUGAACAUAUGUUUUUAUAAUGGAGACUGUGAUAAGAUUUGAGCUUUUAAAUGUUUACUUUUAAUGCCAAUAUUUCAUGUUUACUUGGAAUAAAUAUGUAUUAAGGCA